AGAAAACGAAAAGAAAUUUGUUGAAAAUAGUAAACUCAAAGCACUCUAUGUGUGUCUUUGACCCAUUUUCCAACACACACUUCUCUAUCCCUCAACGCCACCAUAUCCUCCCCCAUUUCCCUUCCUUCUCUCUACCAAAUCCACCAUUCUUCGCCUUUGUUUUCUCAAAUCGCCAUAACCCCCUUUAGAUCCCAAUAUUUGAUUCCUUUCUGUUUCGUCUUUCAAUCCAAUUGGUUCGGUUUCACGUUUCUAUUGCUCGAUCUGUUAAUAAUUGUAAUUGGGUUCUUCAAAUCAAGAUCCUUUGUUUGAUUCUCCUGCUUCUUGUUGUUGUAAUCAGGUAUGAUGUCUUCUCUCCUCCCAGAUCUGACCACAAAAAUCUACCCAGAACCACCAUGCAGUUUCUUGUCGGUGGCCGCGGAGGAUGAAGGCGUCGACCGGUUUGAUCAGCUGCCGGACUCUCUUCUUCUCUUGAUCUUCAAUAGGAUCGGCGAUGUCAAGGCGUUGGGCCGUUGUUGCGCCGUUUCGAAAAGAUUCCAUUCCCUUGUUCCUCAGGUCGAAAACGUCGUUGUUCGAGUCGAUUGCGUUAUCUCCGACGAUGAUUCUUCUUCCGCCUCCGGCUCCUCCGACAAAUCUCGUGGACCAAUUUCUAGUCUUUUCCGCAUCGUCUUCGGCGGCAUCGUGAAGCCAAUCCAAGCACUUGGCCAAUUCUUCGGUCCAAAACGAUCUUCGUACUCGUCGUUAUCCUCCCCUUCUUCUUCCUCAUCUUCUUCUUUGUCCGUCGGGAAUGUCGACGGUGACGACGAUAUCGAGCAAGGCGGUGGAGUUACUCAUCAUUCUCCAACUCAAGUCCUCAAAAACUUCAACGAGAUUCGAUAUCUCAAAAUUGAACUCCCCAGCGGUGAAUUGGGUAUCGAAGAUGAUGUUCUGUUGAGAUGGAGAGCAGAUUUUGGAUCAACGUUAGAUAAUUGCGUGAUGCUUGGCGCAUCCUCUGUGAUUCGCCCUGCAAAUUCUUCACCCAAUCAAUCCAAUUACGACACAAUAUGCGUUAAUGGAAACAAUAACCUCCACGAAGAUAAUGGCAGUAUACCGGAAUCCUUCUACACCAACGGUGGUCUGAAAUUACGCGUCGUAUGGACCAUAAGCUCGUUGAUUGCAGCAUCUGCAAGACAUUACUUGCUUCAACCGAUCAUUUCCGAACAUAAGACGUUAGAUUCACUGGUUUUAACCGAUGCAGAUGGGCAAGGGGUGUUAUGUAUGAACAGGGAACAAUUGGAAGAAUUAAGAGUGAAGCCAUUGUCAGCUUCUUCAGCUUCAAAGAGAACCCUUGUUCCAGCUUUGAAUAUGAGGCUCUGGUAUGCGCCAUUUUUGGAGUUACCAGAUGGAACUGUGCUCAAAGGGGCUACAUUAGUUGCGACUAGGCCAAGUGAACAAUCUGUUCAAAAGGAUUUUUCUGAUGGACUGUGGGUUUCAUCUGCAUUCGAGGAGCCUUUUGGAACUGCUGCAAGAAUGUUGGUCAAAAGGAGGACUUAUUGCCUUGAGAUGAAUUCCUUUUGAUUUUCAAGAAUAACUAGACAACAUUAGGUUUCUGAAGGCAUUGAAUGGCAGAGAAACCACACAAUUUUGCUUCUGAAAAAUGGAAGGAAUGAAGUUGUUGGUAGAUGAGGCGGUAUAAAAAUAUGUAAUGUUUAUUAAGCAAAGGUUAUGUUGGAACUGCAUGCCUUUAUGAAUCUUGUAGAUUUUGUGUCUUACUUCCAAAAUCCCAUGUUCAAAGUGUUGAUUCUCGAGUUGUUUGUAGUAGACUUGCUUGAAAAAUAAUAAUAAUAGAACUCUUUUGGUGGUCUCGUGUUGCG